ACGGUUUUUGCCCCAACUCCCUCUAAGACACACACAGAGAGCAGACAAAGAAAGUUUGUUACGAGAAAAAGAAAAAGGAAAAAAAAAAAGAAAAUAGAGAGAGAGAGAGAAAUAAUAAAAGGAAAAAAAAAGAAGAAGAAGUUCUGCGGAAGACUUGAGCAGAUUUUCUCCCUGUGUUUACACGUUGAAUUACGAUCCUUUUUCUCUGCGGUUAGAUCGGAGUUGGAGGAGACAGAUUUUCCGAUCGGAGUAAUAGAUUUCUGAUUUUUGAGGGAGGUUGAGAAGAAGAUUUCUGUGUGGAUGGAGUUUGGAUUUUUUUAGGGAAAGUUAUGGAGCUGAUUUUUCUCCUCUCGGUAGGCGAUUCAGUUAAGAAUCAGGUAUGCAUAUGUAGAAAUUUACGCUCGAUUUUUGAAAUUGAUUGCUCCGGAAACUUCAAUCCAUGAUGGAGAAAAGAAUUGCCGAAUUUGCUUUGACUUUGAGGUAGAAUAGUCGAGAAAAUUUUCAGGAAUUGAAAAGUCUGAUUGACUGGGUGUUCUUGUGUGAAAGAAAGAAUCGAUUUUUUUUUUUGUUUCUGUUUUUGGGGAAGGAGAUGGAAGAGGUGGGCGCCCAAGUCGCCGCUCCGAUAUUCAUCCACCAAACCCUCACCAGUCGGUAUCGCGACGCGCCGCCGGUGAUGACGGCGGCGAAGAAGCGGGAUCUCCCUUAUCAUCCGACCCCCAAUUUUCAGCAAAAUUGGAACCCUAAGCUCUGGGACUGGGACGCCGUCAGAUUCGUCGCCAAACCCCUCGAUUCUGACGAGAAGAAGAGACAGGAACAAGCUCCGGUCGCCGCCGGACACGAAGACGACGAGAGGCUCCGGUUGAAUCUCGGCUGCGGCUUGAUCUCUGCGGCGCGUUCGGAGGAACCGGCCGUCGUCUCCAGGCCGACGAAAAGAGUCCGGUCCGGUUCUCCCGGGAACAGCACGUAUCCGAUGUGCCAGGUGGACAACUGCAAGGAAGAUCUGUCGAACGCCAAGGACUAUCACCGCCGACACAAGGUGUGUGAGCUCCAUAGUAAGUCCACUAAAGCUCUUGUUGCCCAGCAGAUGCAGAGGUUCUGUCAGCAGUGCAGCAGGUUUCAUCCCCUUUCUGAGUUUGACGAAGGCAAGAGAAGUUGUAGAAGAAGACUUGCUGGGCACAACCGACGAAGGAGGAAAACCCAACCAGAGGACGUUGCCUCCCGGCUAAUUCUCCCUGGUGACCGAGAUAAUAGAAGCAACGGGCAUAUAGAUAUCUUUAACUUAUUGGCUGCUGUCGCUCGUGCACAAGGGAAAAACGAGGAGAAAAAUAUUAGUUGCUCUCAGCUACCGGACAAAGAGCAGCUCCUUCAGAUUCUUAGUAAGAUAAACUCUUUACCUUUGCCUGUGGACCUUGCUGCAAAGUUGCAUGAUCUGGCAAGUUUGAAUAGGAAAAUUUCAGAACAAACAUCGUCGGAUCAUCACGAAAAAUUGAAUGGAAGAACAUCUCAGUCUACAAUGGACUUACUUGCUGUCCUUUCAGCUACUCUAGCACCAUCUGCGCCUGAUUCUCUUGCAGUUUUAUCUCAAAGGAGCAGCUACAGCAGCGACAGCGGAAAAACUAAGAUGAACUGCAAUGACCAGGCCAGUGGUCCCAUUUUGCAGAAGCAAUCACCACAAGAAUUUCCUUCAGUUGGAGGAGAUAGAAGUAGCACCAGCUACCAGUCACCUAUGGAGGAUUCGGAUUGCCAGGUUCAAGAAACGAGAGUUAACUUGCCAUUACAACUCUUUAGCUCGUCACCGGAGAACGACAGCCCACCGAAACUGGCAUCUAGUAGGAAGUAUUUCUCUUCUGAUAGCAGUAAUCCCAUUGAAGAGAGAUCUCCUUCCUCUUCUCCUGUGGUGCAAAAGCUGUUUCCAAUGCAGACCAUGGCAGAAACUGUCAAGUCUGAGAAGAUAUCAGCAGGCAGAGAGGUUAAUGUUCACGUUGACUCUAGCAGGAUUCAUGGUUGUAACAUGCCCUUUGACCUAUUCGGAGGGUCAAAUAAAGGAAACGAUGCUGGUUCCACUCUAAGUGUUCCCCAUCACGCUGGGUACACUUCUUCCGGGUCAGAUCAUUCACCUUCUAGCCUGAAUUCAGAUGUGCAGGAUCGCACUGGAAGAAUAAUGUUUAAACUGUUCAAUAAGGAUCCAAGUCAUUUACCUGGGACGUUGAGGACACAGAUUUUCAAUUGGCUUUCGAACAGUCCGUCAGAGAUGGAGAGCUACAUACGGCCUGGUUGUGUCAUUAUAUCAGUUUAUGUCUCGAUGCCAUCUUCUGCAUGGGAACAACUUCAAGAUAACCUGCUUCAGCAUCUCAAUUCUUUGGUACAGAGUUCAGCUUCUGAUUUCUGGAGAAGUGGAAGGUUUUUGGUUCAUACAGGCAGGCAAAUAGCAUCCCAUAAAGAUGGGAAGGUUAGAAUAUCCAAAUCAUGGAGUACAUGGAGUUCCCCAGAGUUGAUCUCUGUUUCCCCUUUGGCAAUUGUGGGUGGGCAGGAAACUACCCUUAUAUUGAAGGGAAGAAAUCUCAGUAAUCUUGGCACCAAGAUCCAUUGCACCUACAUGGGUGGUUACACAACAAAGGAGGUUACAGGAUCAACUUCUCAUGGCACCAUGUAUGAGGAGAUAAACUUGUGUGGUUUUAAAAUUCAUGAUGCAUCUCCUGGUGUUCUCGGUCGCUGUUUCAUCGAGGUGGAAAAUGGUUUGAAGGGCAAUAGCUUUCCAGUGAUAGUAGCUGAUGCUUCUAUUUGUCAAGAAUUGAGAAUCCUUGAGUCCGUGUUCGAUGGGAAGGCAAAAGUUAGUGAGGUGAUUGCAGAAGACCAAAAUGCCGAUGAAGGCCGGCCGAGGUCGAAGGAGGAAGUUCUUCUUUUCUUGAAUGAACUUGGAUGGCUGUUCCAACGUAAAAGGGCCUCUUCCAUUCCCGAUGGUCCUGAUUAUUCCCUUGGCCGUUUCAAGUUUUUGCUCACGUUUUCUGUUGACAAAAACUGUUCUGCUUUGAUCAAAACGCUUCUGGAUAUGCUGAUAGAAAGAAAUUUAGAUGGGAAUGAACUAUCAGGGGAUGCAGUGGAGAUGCUUUCUGAGAUUCAGCUCUUGCACCGGGCGGUAAAAAGGAGGUGCAGGAAGAUGGUUGACUUACUUAUCAAUUACUCGGUGAUUGGCUCUAAUUUUGUCUCUAAGAAGUAUAUUUUUCCACCAAAUCAUGCCGGACCUGGCUGCAUUACACCUCUGCAUUUGGCUGCUUGUAUGUCGGCUUCAGACGAUUUGAUUGAUGCUUUAACAAACGACCCACAGGAGAUUGGAUUUAAUUCUUGGAAUUCCCUUCUGGAUGCUAAUGGGCAGUCUCCAUAUGCUUAUGCUUUGAUGACAAAUAACCAGUCUUAUAACAUGCUGGUGGCUCGGAAACUUGCUGAAAAGAUAAGUGGUCAAAUUACUGUGACAAUUGGAAAUGGGAUGAGUACUGAAUUUAAACAAAGCAGGAAGUCUUGCGCCAAGUGUGCCGUUGCUGCAACAAGACACUACAAGAGGGUCCCCGGUGCUCAAGGUCUGCUGCAGCGUCCAUAUGUUCAUUCGAUGCUUGCGAUUGCUGCUGUCUGUGUUUGCGUUUGCCUGUUUUUGCGAGGCCUUCCAGACAUUGGCUCUGUUGCUCCCUUCAAGUGGGAGAACUUGGAUUACGGCACGAUUUAAUCUUUAAUAUGUUAUGGGUUAUGAAAGAACUUGGGCUGGCUCACAAGAGUGCAGGCCAGGUAUAAGUUCUCUGUCAAUGCUCCAUUGCUCUGGAAGGUUUAGAGGAAAUGGUUUUACGUGGGACCCAGCAUAUAGUUGGGAGUUGCAUUGGCUGUGGCAUCGGCAUCGGCAUCGACCUACCUGAGAGAUUGAGUAUGACGCUAGUCAGGCGGCUCGAGAUUGUUGUUACAGCCUAAUAUUUGGUAUCUUGAUUUUGGCCCUUGAGGUCGUUUUCCUCUGGAAGCAAAUAGGUGAUUAUUUCUUUUGGUCGUUUUUUUUCGCCCUUUGGAGUGUAUACUUAUACUGUAUGUGAAUGAGAGAUCCGGGUCAAAAUUCAUUUUAUCGGAAGCGUCGAAGCUUGAAGUGAAAAAUCGAAAAUUUGGGAACCACAAUAUGAAGGAAGAGGAAGGCCGAGGAGCAUGAAAAAUUCCACUGUUAUUAAAGGUUUUGACUAAUUUAUUUGCAUUUUUACCCUGUUUUUUCUCCCCCCGCCAGCUUUUACACCUUUAUUCUUCCUUACAGUUUAUGGAUAUAGAAAAGCCCCCAAGUUACUUUGUGUAUUGAUUUCGUCACUGUAAGGUUGAUCCGGAGAUCAAUCACAAAAGUGACACUGUUGUACAACUGAAUAGAGAGAUAUUUUUGUUUCAGGUAUAUUAAGAGGACGCGUGUAUUCUUAUAUCUUCCGACCUCUUAGUGUAUUUUCCCCAUUUUGUCUCCAUCCGACUUAUUUGAUUAUUUUAAAAUUCAAUUAACUCGAUA